AUGGUUCGUCUGGUGUGCUGCGAAUGUGGUACCGUGGACGACAGAGAUCCCCUCAACAUCCACGACAUUAAUGAAGACUGUGGGGACGACCACAUCGAUUAUACGCUCCACGAGAGCCGGACCAAAGAUGGCAAGAUGGCUCACCACUUGCAUAAGUCCGACCUGUCCAAGCGGCGUUGGCGCCGCACGGUCCGCUGCCGCGCCACAGGCCUGACCAAAACCUUCGAGCAGCGGCCGUUUGGCUUUCAUGCCAUGCGCGCCUGGCUGAAGGCUUAUGCGGCCGGCAGCGGAGAGGUGAGUGAGGGGCCGACAGAGUGCAUGGGCCAGGUUUUGAAGGGGCGCGACCUGGCCAGAGCCCUUGCCAAAAAAUGGCGGGGCUGGCUUACCCGAGAAGAGUGCACACUUCUGCGGGGAGCGUCCAAGCCCUUUGGGCACAAGCCCGUGCGGAGAGGUCCGCGGCCGAAGCGUGAGGAAACUCUUCUGCCGGACAUAGACAAGGAGCUGGUGGACCAGAUUCUUUCCAGCUUGCCGGCGGCCAUGCAGGAGGACUUGUUCGACCGCUUCCCACGCUGUCUUCGGCCGUCCAGGCUCUGCCUCUUCGGCGCAACAGCAGGUGCCCAAUGCGACGCGCAUGCCGACCACUUGGACUGGACAGGCUGGAGCCUCUUGCUUGCGGGACGAAAGUUGUGGCGCUUCUUGCCCAACACACCUGCAACUGCCGAGGUGCUGUCGGCCUGGAGAGAAUCCUUUGGUCUCAGCGGGCCGGGCGGAGAGCUUUUCUCCAUUGCCGGAAGCUGGAACACGCAGGAGGACCUGUUUAAGCAGGACCCGUGGCGAGGUAUUGAAGUGCUGCAGGAAGCCGGGGAGAUCAUCGUCUUUCCUGGAAGCUGGUUCCAUCAGACGAGAGCGGAGGAGGACAGCUGGGCUGUUUGUGCACAGCUUCUCAAUACAAGCAAUGUCGAUUCUGUCGUGGGACACAUCUGCGACUGGUGCAAGAUCCCGCGACCCAUCUCUAGCACCACCGAGCAAAAGAUCGAUGACACCCUGGGCUCUGUCCUCGCCGGGCGAGUGACGCUGGGCGGGUCCUCGGGCCGUGAGGCCUUGUGCUCCCUUCGACUGGCCGAUCUUUCUCAGCAGAAGCUCCGCAGCUCUUGUCAAGAGCUUCCAGCAGAGGAGCUGAUUGCUCUACGCUGGGCUUCCGCGGCGCUCAAAGCCACCAGGCUCGCGCCGUGGCUGCAAACACUGGCCGCUGAUGCGGCGCAUCAGCUGAGCAGCCGGGGAUCGGCCGGAGCGCUUUGCGCCGUCACCUGGGCAGCGGCACGGCUCAGCGAGGCUGAUACCCCUUCGCUCCUUGCAGCGGCUCUGCCGCGCAUUCUCGAAGCCUCGGCCGAACACAUCGCGGCGCUUGCUUGGGCGCUCGCCCAUGCGGCGGUGCGUUCGGAAAGGGUUGCCGGCGAGGCCUCGUCCCGCUUUUCGGAGCUGCGGGGGUCCCUAGGGCCCACAGCCUGGGCAUUGCGAGAGUUGAGUUCCACGGCGCUGUUGGAUCCCAGGGUCGGCCUCCGGAAACACUGUGAGGACACAUUUCGUCAGGGCGGCUGCCCUUCGGCCCUGCGCGGCCUCGUGGAACUGGGAGCAGACUGGCCGACGGUUGCGGCUCUUUGCGCGCGGAGCAGCGACCUUCUCAGCGGCGAGGUCGCUUGGGCCUUGGCGACAUCCGGUCUUAUGAGUGGCGAUGACUUAGCCGGCCACCCGCUGAUCGAAGCGUUGGUGCUUGAGGUGGCUGAGCGCCGUGGACUGUUGAUGAAGGCCUUGCACGCGCCGAAGAAGACUACCUACGUACUUCAGGUGUUGGCUGCCUAG